UGCCAUGACAGACAGGUACCGCCCCCUCCCGGUUUUAUACUUCCGGUGAGCUAAAGCGAGAGGCACUUUUGCUAAUGACAGGCACUUUUGCUAAUGACAAAUUCUAGUAAUUUGUGCUGUAGCAGGAGGCUUAAACAAUUCUAAUAUGAGUUCGGGUUCAACUUGUGCUGUUGUUGGCUGUCACAACAGCUCCAGAAAACUGAAAGACGAGCUAGAAACGUAUUGUUUUGCACAUCAACAACUUCGAAAGGCCUGUGUGUGCCCAGCGCGUUACGAACUGCACUCCAUGCCGAGGAAGGAGGAUCGAAAACGAGCGUGGCUGGCAGCUUUAAAACUCAAAUACCCCCCGAAGAGAGUUUAUGUUUGCUCCUUUCAUUUUAUUGAUAAAAAGCCCACAGAGCUUCACCCCGACCCGGAGCUCUAUCUGGGCUAUGACCGGGCCCCACCAAAGAAAAGAAGGCAGCUCAUCCGGACCACUGUGAGCCAGACAGCUUCCAGCAACAUCGACAAAACGGCCGAAUCUGUUCCCGAGUGCACCGUAGAUUCACCGUCAGUCAUCCCAGACCUGGCUAGCGUCUCCACACAACCUCCUGGGCCACAUCUGCACUCAGUCCACACACAGUGGGAGGACCCUUCGCUAAAAGAUCAUCAUCAAUACUGCAACACGUCUGGCAGAAAAGAUGUCCAGGACAAGACGACUCAGUGUGAUGAAGUUGCAUUUUUUCUUCUACAAAAUGACGCAGACGCUUUGCUGUACACUGGUAUAGCGUUAGAAACAUUUAACACUCUUGUGUCAGCUCUGCCUUGUGGUGUCUGAAGUUUAUCAUGCUUAGACGUUUGGGUUGAAGAUUCUUUGCUGUCCCAGCAUUCCACCUGCGCUGCUCAUCUGUACAUGCUAGCCCCGUCUUUCCACUGAUCACAGCAUUCUGGACCUGUAACAAUUUAACAGACUUCAGCUAUCACUGCUCCUAAUAAAAUGAAACAAGUUAUUUA